GCGACUGCCCGCCUUGUGGCCCUUUGAGAGCGACUCAGCCGGUUCCGCUGCAGUGAGUUCAGGGGAGUCUGAGCGAGUCGCGUCCUCUUUUUAAGACGAACACUUCUUAGAAAGGUCCUGAAAGUAAGUGCAGCUUGGGCCUUCCGAAGCGAGGGACACAGAGCAUGCGCGGAGCUGCAGGACGCUCGGAUUGUAUCCAGUUCAGGGUUCUCCUUCCAGAAGUUGCCAUUCCACGGUUCAGUUGUCGCCCGACCCCGAUAAUGCAUACAAAUAUUUUUAACUCAUGUAUUUUAUUUUGUAGGAAGAAGUUGAACGAAUAACGACAUCAAAUGCAAUUUCACUUUGAAUUAGUUCAGGGCGAGAGUAAAAGUAACCCUUUAGGGUCCUUCACCCGGGGUGGCCGCGGUAUUAACUGAUGAUGAGGUAACAGGGACCUUUUCUUAUUCAUUCAAGCCAAGUGAAUGAAAGUAAAACAUUUCGGCCCUUCACCCGAGAUUACCUGACUUUCUUCUUGGGUCGCCCACUUUUUCUAAUAGUCAUGAUUUCACAAAGGAAAUCACCUGAUCAAAAAAGACCCCGUAGAAGCUUAUCUACCAGCAAAACUACAAAAAACCAGUCUCAUUCGAUUACGUCGUAUUUUAACAGUGCACCACCUGCUAAACUUGCAUGUUCAAUUUGUCAUGAAAUGGUGCCCAGGUAUGACCUCAUCCGGCACCUUGAUGAGUCUUGUGCUAGCAAAGGUGAAGGUGAUGUCAUUCAAAUAGAGUCUGCUCAGCCUGGAUUAAUGAGUCCAACUGUGCCUACAUCAGAUUUACCCAGUAUUCCCUUAGAAGACAUAACACCUCAGAAAUUAUCACCACCAAAGAGAAGUUUAAUCUCUGUCCAGUGUGGUUCAAAACUGGGCAUGCAGCAGCAGACAAGUCCCUACUUUAAAGAUGCCUUAGUGUGCAAAAAUCAAAAUGAGCUUUCAAAUCAGAGUGUGGAAAUUAUGCCCUUGGGAAGUCUGUCGUCAAAAUUGUCCAGACGAUACCUAAAAGCUAAAAAAUCACUUGCUAAGAAUGAGGGAUUCACCAGUCAGUGCCCACAGACGUCUCCGUCCACACCGGGCACCAGCCUGGCUGAUGACUGUCCAGAGGUGGAAGACAAAGAUGGGGUUUCAAACAGUUCCCAAAAGGAAAACAUUUAUUCAUGUGCACCUCUAAAGGAAGAGAAUGCUUCAGAACCAAAGGUAAAGAACAGUAAAACAACGGGAGAUGAAAACCAGAAAGCUUCCAGCGGCGAGCCAGCCCGCACCACUGCACCUGCAGAGCAUGCUUCCAUAUUACUGUCCUCAGAUUCAACUCUCGUCAGUAACCUGAAAUCCUCUCCGGGAGACACUCCUAUAAAGCAAGAAGGUGCCCAAGGGGCAGAUGUAGGGCUUGCUGAGCCACACAGUCACAAAGAAGUACAAAUGACUGUUGAUGCUGCCGUCAAAACGCUGGUGUCAGGGGAGGCAGAAUCAAAUGGUCCUACCGGUGUCGACAUGUCUACAUGGAGUAACAACCAAGAAGAGCUUCUGAGGGAAGCUGGCAGUGUCUUGCCCUGCCCUCUGGAGCAGGGGUCCAGCUGUGGUGUUCCCAGUGAGACAGCUCAACCCCCACUGAGUCACCCCUACUACCUGAGGAACUUCCUGGUGGUGCUACAGGCCCUCCUCGGGAACGAAGAGGACAUGAAGCUCUUCGAUGACCAGGAGAAGGGAAUUAUCACCAAGUUUUACCAGUUGUCAGCUAGUGGUCAAAAGUUGUAUGUGAGGCUCUUUCAACGUAAAUUAACCUGGAUUAAAAUGAGUAAACUGGAGUAUGAAGAGAUUGCCUCCGACUUAACCCCUGUGGUUGAAGAAUUGAAGGACUCAGGCUUUCUACAGACAGAAUCGGAGUUGCAAGAACUCUCGGAUGCCCUUGAACUCCUUUCUGCUCCUGAGCUGAAAGCCCUGGCCAAAACCUUCCACUUGGUGAGUCCCGGUGGGCAGAAGCAGCAGCUGGUAGACGCCUUUCACAAACUGGCCAAACAGCGCUCAGUCUGCACGUGGGGCAAGACCCAGCCCGGAAUCAGAGCAGUGAUUUUAAAAAGAGCUAAAGACUUGGCUGGCCGGUCCCUUCGAGUCUGUAAGGGCCCUAGGGCAGUGUUUGCCCGAAUCUUGCUUCUGUUCUCAUUGACUGAUUCCAUGGAAGACGAAGAAGCUGCUUGUGGGGGUCAAGGUCAGCUGUCUACUGUGCUCUUGGUCAAUCUGGGCCGAAUGGAGUUUCCUCAGUACACCAUCAGCCGGAAGACCCAGAUCUUCAGGGACAGAGAGGACCUCAUCAGAUAUGCAGCAGCCGCACACAUGCUGAGUGACAUCUCGGCUGCCAUGGCCAGUGGAAAUUGGGAGGACGCUAAGAAGCUUUCUCAGAGUGCAAAAAGGGACUGGGACCAACUGAAAAGCCACCCUUCCCUGAGGUACCACGAAGCCUUGCCGCCCUUCCUGCGCUGCUUUACCGUUGGGUGGAUCUACACAAGGAUUUCCUCUCGGGCUGUUGAAGUCCUAGAGAGGCUUCACAUGUACGAGGAAGCUGUCGAGGAACUUGAAAACCUCUUGUCUCAGAAAAUCUAUUGUCCUGACAGCAGAGGCCGCUGGUGGGAUCGCCUGGCUCUUAACCUGCACCAGCACCUGAGGCGCCUGGAAGAGCGAGCUGUGCGCCUGCGAGAGUCUCCGAGCUGCAAAAAGUACAAGCACCUCUUCAGCCAGCUGCCCGAGGUUGCCGUGGGAGACGUUAAGCAUGUAACCAUCACGGGCAGGCUGUGCCCACAGUAUGGCAUGGGCAAGUCUGUGUUUGUCAUUGAGAGUGGAGACGCCGCCAACCCCACCACAGUCCUCUGUUCUGUGGAGGAGCUGGCGCUGGAUUAUUACAGGCAGAGUGGCUUUGACCAAGGGAUUCAUGGAGAAGGGUCCACCUUCAGCACCCUGUGUGGCCUCCUGCUGUGGGAUAUCAUCUUCAUGGAUGGAAUACCAGACGUCUUCAGAAAUGCCUACCAGGCGUCCCCGCUGGAUUUGCUCACGGACAGCUUCUUCUCGAGCAGGGAGCAGGCCCUGGAAGCCAGGCUGCAGCUGAUCCACAGCGCCCCUGCUGAGAGCCUGCGGGCCUGGGUGACCGAAGCAUGGCAGGCCCAGCAAGGCAGAGUGGCUUCUCUGGUCAGCUGGGACCGCUUCACCUCCCUUCAGCAAGCUCAGGAUCUUGUCUCCUGCCUCGGAGGUCCUGUCCUCAGUGGUGUGUGCAGGCGCCUGGCUGCUGACUUUCGCCACUGCCGAGGGGGCCUCCCUGACUUGGUGGUGUGGAAUUCUCAGAGCCACCAUUGCAAGCUGGUGGAAGUUAAAGGUCCCAGUGAUCGCCUUUCAUGUAAGCAGAUGAUCUGGCUGGACGAACUCCAAAAGCUGGGGGCUGAUGUAGAAGUGUGCCAUGUGGUUGCAGUUGGUGCUAAGAGCAAAGGUCUUGGCUGAAAGAUGCUACACUGGGGACAUCUGGCCAUCUACUGGGACAAGAUCUUCAGAUGGAUAAAAAUGUCACACUGGGGACAUCUGGCCAUCCACUGGGACAAGAUUUUCAGAUGGAUAAAAGUUGUCACACUGGGGACAUCUGGCCAUCCACUGGGACAAGAUUGUCAGAUAAAAGAUGUCCCACUGGGGACAUCUGGCCAUCGUCCACUGGGACAAGAUUGUCAAGAGGAUAAAGUUGUUUGCAUUGUCUCCACUUGGACCUGUCCUGACACCUGAGAUCGGAAUGACUCAUCCUUGUACAGUUUCUGUGUGUCACCAAAUUUGGCCUCUGCCGGAGAACACUGGAUCCCCUGUGGGUGGGUAGGUGGACUGUUGAAAAUAUAGAAGUCUGAGUGGACGCUGUAGGAGCUGAACCCUUCUGUGUUGUUAAGCUUUAUAAAAACAAAAACAAAAACGAAAAAACAAAAAGCAAACAAACAACGCCAGAGGAAUAAUGAACUUGAUGAACUUAGUUGACACUUUAGGUUUUUUGUUUUUGUUUUUGUUUAAAAAAAAAAAAGAAAUAUAAAUGUUUCUCUACUAAAUGCUCUGGCAAUGGCAAUCCCUGAAUUUGGGGUUGUCUCAUGGUUAUCCAAGAAGGGCAGGACCCAUAGGGAUUUUGAUUUCCAUAGGGGAAAAGUAAAAACAACCAAAACCAGAUUCUUUAUUUAAAGGAAGGAUCCAGAAUACUUCAGGUGAAGUAUCACAAUACAUAUCAAGCUUCGAGCUUUUGGAUUAUGUGUGAUUAAAAAUGUGUGCCAAGAUGUUAGAAAACAGUACCCUCCUGAGGUAUUCUAACGUUGUCAGAAGUUGGUCAGGAACCUCACUCAGCUCUCACAGUUGACUGUGAGACGGUUUACCUCAUCAAAGAAAACUGAAAUAGCCCAUUCCUGAAAGUGAAGUCAGCUCUCCUCUUCCUGCUCACCCCGCUGAGCCCAGCCCUGGCGAGACCUGUGCUCUGCUGCCCAUAUGCCAGGGAGCUGCUUACCAGGUCGACCCACGUAUUCAUGAACUGACUGCCUACUGUGUGCCAGGUAGAGGAGUUUAAAGGCCCGAAAGGUAGUAUAUGAUUUUUGUCUCCUGUGGUCACAAAGAAGCUUUGGGAGAGGAGGAAUCUAUGAAAAUAACCAAUUAUAAUACAAUCCAUGGUAACAGUUACUAGAGGAAGGAAAAGGGGUGGGGGACUUUAUUUAGAGAACGAAAAUGUUUCUGCUGGUCAGAGCACAUUAUGUAGCUGGGAAUGGUGGCUCACACCUGUAAUCCCAGCACUUGGGAGGCUAAGACAGGAGGAUUACCUUGAGUUUA